CUCUAGUGAGCGGUGUGUACAGCUGGCUCUCUAGGCUCCGGGAGCCCCGCUUGCUCCAAGCGCACUCCAGCAGUCCGUGUCUGCUCUUGCCCGGCUCGACGGCGACAUGGGUGUCCCUACCGUAUCAGAGGCCAGCAACCCGCGCUGGGGAACCCUGCUCCUCGCUAUUUUCCUGGCUGCAUCCAGAGGUCUGGCAACAGCCUUCAAGGUCGCCACUCCAUAUUCUCUGUACGUGUGUCCUGAGGGGCAGAACGCCACCCUCACCUGCAGGAUUCUGGGUUCCGUGUCCAAAGGGCAUGAUGUGACCUUCUACAAGACGUGGUACCUCAGCUCGAGGGGCGAGGUUCAGGUGUGCAAAGAACACCGGCCCAUACGCAACUUCACGGGGCAGCACCACCAUCAGCACCACGGAAGCCACCUGGCUGCCAACGCCAGCCAUGACCAGGCCCAGACACAUGGGCUGGAGCUAGCUUCUGACCACCAUGGUAACUUCUCCAUCACCCUGCACAAUGUGACCCUAAGGGACAGCGGCGUCUACUGCUGUCUGGUGAUAGAAGUCAAACACCGCCACCCAGAACAACGGUUUUAUGGGUACAUGGAGCUGCAAGUGCAGGCAGGCAAAGGCUCAGCGUCUACAUGCACAGCGUACCGGUCUAACGAGCAGGACAGUGACAGCAUCACGGCUGCGGCCCUGGCCACAGGCGCCUGCAUUGUGGGAAUCCUCUGCCUCCCCCUUAUCCUGCUGCUGGUCUAUAGGCAGAGGCAGGUGGCCUCUCAGCGCCGUGCCCAGGAGUUGGUGAGGAUGGACAGCAGCAACACCCAAGGAAUCGAAAACCCAGGCUAUGAGACAACUCCACCCUUCCAGGGGAUGCCUGAGGCCAAGACCAGGCCUCCACUGUCCUAUGUGGCCCAGCGGCAACCUUCUGAGUCAGGGCGGCACCUGCUCUCUAACCCCAGCACACCUCUGUCUCCUCCAGGCCCUGGGGAUGUCUUUUUCCCAUCCUUGGAUCCAGUCCCCGACUCCCCUAACUCUGACGCCAUCUAAACUGGCUGGGGCACCAUGGACCAUGGUCCCUGGCUCAGGGACGGAUGCACUUGAUCUAUGGCUGGCCUUUUAACAGACCUUUAGGCACCGACUCCAGCUUCCUUGCUCCUGCUCUGAGCCUAGACUCUGCUUUUACAAGAUGCAUGGACCCUCCCCUAUGACUUUCAGAUGCUACUUAGGGGCAGGGAGAAGAUGCUGGAUGGCUCAUUGCUGUUCUCAAGGUCUUGGGAUGUCGAAUUCUCCCUAGAGACUUGACUUCCGCCAGCCACAGACCUGCAUCCUACAAGCGUCCAGCUUGGCAACAGCCUUUCUUCAUGGAAACCAGCAGCCCGGAUGGGAUGAGGUAGGCACCCUGCCACCCUCCCAAGCGAGAGACACGAGAUGUGAGAGACUCCUGCACACUGUGAGGGUGUGACUGGUAUGCUUGUUUGCCUGAGGAUGCUUCUCUGUUAGCCUGACUCUAUCCUCUGGAUUCUGGAGCUUAGCCGGCCUAUGUCCCACUAGAGGAGCUACCUUAGCAGCCUUCCACCAGCAACCUGAGGGUCUGUCAACAGUUUAGUGACUCUGGGCUCUCAUUGCCUAUAUGGCUGUCCACAGGGCUCAGUGGCCAGAGGCUCCGAAACAGGAAGUACAUGUUAGGUUCAGGAACCACGGUGAACUCAUUAGUGUCUUGAGCAAUGUGAGGCCUGGACCAGCGGACACGGAGGGUGGCAAGGGUGUGAUGGGGACGAUGAGGGAGACGCAACUCCUUCCUGUCCUCGUCAUCCACCACUACCGCUGUUCAGUGUGGAGCAACGGCAAAGGUGACUGACCUCCAUGGUGUCCUAGUGAUGCUGGGCCCCUUCUAAGUGUGAAGGAGAUGCUAUUAAAAAGAAUAUGGGCAAUGGCUGGGAACAGCUACAAAUGGAUUGGAGGUACUGGCUGCAAGGCCCUGGGGGUGCAGGGCCUGGUAUGGGGGUGAGGGUGGGGGUUGCACUAAAGGCCUAGGGAUCACUCAGCUUCUGACCACUGUUCUUCCGAGCCUCACCUCAGGGUAACCUUCAGGCAUACAGAAGAGCUUGUCCCUGCUCCGAUGCUACUCUUGGCUGUAUCUCUAGGGUCUGGCAUGACCUGGGCACACAAGGGGAGUCUUCAGAAAGGAUUUUAAAGCAUGAAGAGAAAGGGUAGUUCCUUUGAGGUAGGAAUGGGGCAGCUGUUAUCUGAGAGUGAGGAGGGAUACGGCUGGGCAAGUCACCCUCCAGUCUCCAGAGGGACAGUAGCCCCAGUACUGGGAGAGCAGCAGCCCAAUGGUACCAUUUGUCUUUCUGUAGUGUCUACUGGCUGGGCUGAAUGGGUCCUGGGUAGGAAAGCUCAUGCUCUGGGCCUGCAGACAGGGAGACCCCCAUUCAUUCCCUGAGGACAGAUGGGGCCAGGGGAGAAGAGUUUCAGGCUGGAACACAGCAAUAAGCUACUUGCUGGGAACCUAGACAAGUUGUCUGGUAAGGUCCAAAAGCAUAGGCCCCUGUGGGAUGCCAGGUAUGCCUGGGGCUUGGCGACCCCAGAGGCUUUGUGUCAUCAUCAUAAGAGUGUUGGGGUGGCCAGGACUUCAAAACCCUUCUUCUGUUCCAGCCAUUGUCAAGACUCUAUGUAGUUACUACAGACAGAAUGUGUUGUUCUUUUGACUUUGGGGAUAAUGGGCCGGCAAAGUGUCAGCUGUUUUGUGGCAGGGCAGUGGGGCCUGUCAAAGAAUAAAACCCACAGAGCAGCUGUAUGAUGCGUGUAGCCUGUCCCCUGGGGGGAGCCUGACCUGUCUCCAGCCCUAAGCUUCAGACUUCAGCACCCAGAUGACUUCUAAGAAUUUGACUGUGGGGACCCCAGCAUGGCUGCAGCUCUGUGGAGAGGAGAGGGAGCCCCCAGCAGAAAGCCACUCACUUCCUGCCCAGCUUCCUCCUGUAGGGCUCUAGUCUCUUCUUCUCGGGACCCUACAAGCAAAGGCAUGUCAGCUUGGUGGUUUCCUGUUUUUGGUGAAGUUUUGUGUGGUCCGGGCUCUGUCUACAUCCAUGAACUUGGGUGCUACCACCUUGCUGCUGCUGUGGAGACAGCAGCAGAGUCUUGGGGUAGAAAAUGGAGAUGCCCUGAGGUGCUAGCCCUUGGGGCAUGAGAGGGGGGGGUGGUGAGACACAGUGGGGCAACUGAGCUUCCGAAGAGGAGGGAGGAGCCCUGUAGCCUCAAGGGCCAGAUUGGGUUCCUGGUACUAGCAGAAGCCUAGAGAGGGAAGUCUGUAUUUUGAGGAGGUAAUUCAUCCUUAGGAAAUCCAUCAGAAAUUUGGAGGGGGUACUUGAUCUAUCCCUAGAGGGUCUCUGCCUAUCUCUGAUGAAGCUCCCCCCAGCCCCCGGGACUGAGAUAGAAGGACCCAGUAGGAAAGGAUUCUGAUACAGCAGGGGCUUCUUGACAAACCAAAGGGCCACUGGUAGCUGUUGUGGACCAAGCUGGCCCUGCUGGAGUACUGAAGUGUGCCUUAGACCAACUUCUUAAAAGAGCAGCCCUGGGGUUACCCUACUUCUGCUGGGAAGAGGCAGAGAGCCUGGGAAGGGGCUAGCUCCUCCAAGAACUGCUCCCUGGAGGAAGGACUUGGAGGAUGCAGCUAGGCUAAGGGCUGCUGAGGGCCCUUUGUCUCUCCUAACCUGGGCACUGUUAGGAUGCUACCUCCUGGAAAAGGCUUUCCUGCAUGUGAGCUGGCACAGCGCCCCGGCGCUGAACCUACCACAGUGGGAGCUAAACUAAAAAUUUCCCAGGGAACUAAAAUAGGCAAAAGAGGAACUGGAGGAGGGGGGGUUGCCAAGCAGGAUGGGGGGUGCGAAAGUCUCUUGAAACAGACAGCCAGUCUGAGUACCAGUCCCAAACCACAGAGAAUACGGGCCAUCUGGCUCAUGCCCUGUAUGCUUGCUGCUUUGCCCUGGCACUUUCCUUCCCCCACAAUGGAUGCGAGUCCUGGGAGGAUGAGGACUAACGCCAGCCUGGGGAGCUGAUAGUUGACAGAAUCCUUGGGUAAAUGGGUUGAACCAGGACCUCAGGAUUCCACUCUGGGGAUCUAGCUUUGUCUGGGCCUGCGAGGAUCUCCAUAAUGGCAUUAUUGCCAAGAGAUGAACAUUUCACUAGGUUUCACUGGUCUGAUCUGUUGGGUGUGGCUUCCUGGAAAAUAUGGUGAGAAGAAUUCUGAUAAGGAUACAGCUGAUAAGAAAGUGCGGAGAUUGAUUAGUAAUGUCUGCCUUGGACUGGGGAAGAGGAAAUGGCAGUAUGGCUGCCACAUCUUAAAUCUUGUUUUGUUGUUAAAAUAUGCUUCCCCAAAGAUUUCCAUAGUGUGCUUUUGUUUCUUUGACAUCCUUCUCCAUGUCAGCCUUGAAAGUCUUUCUGUGCGUAUAUGUAUGAAGCAUGCAUGUGUAUAUGUUUUGGUGUGUGCAUAUGGAAGCCAGCAAUCACCAGUGGGUGUCUUCCUCCAUUCCUUUAAAAUGUAUUAUUUUUAAAGAUUUAUUUACUUUAUGUUUUGCCUGAAUGCAUGCAUAGGUGCCAUGCGCAUGCCUGUUGGAAUGCUUGGAACUGGAGUUAUAGGUGGUUAUGAGCUACAAUGUGAGGGCUGGGACUCAAACCCGGGUCUUCUACAAAAGCAACACAUUAAAAGACACCUAGUAACUAUUUGAGCUAUCUUUCCAGCUCUGCCAUUGUGCAUUUUUUAGCAUUUAUUUUAAAAUUUUAUGUGCAUGUUUUUGUUGUUUUUUUGUUUGUUUGUUUUUGCCUGUAUGUCUCUGUGAGUGUCACGUGUAUGCCUGGCACCUGUGGAGGCCAGGGGGGCCACUGAAUCACUUGGGAAUGGAGUCCACAUGGAUCCUCUGGAGGUAGAGCAAGAGCUCACUGCUGCUGAGCUGUCUCGUGAGUGCUCAACUUAAUUUUUGGCAGACCCUGCAGCGAGUCUGGAGCUCAGCACGAGGCUGAGCAGCAAGCUCUGAGGAUCUGCCUGUCUCUGCCCCACCCUGACCCCAACUGCUGGGGUUAUCGACUACACUGUGGAUGCUGGGGAUCUGAACUCAGGUCCUCAUGCGUGUGUGGCAAGCAGUGUGUCUACUGAGCCAACCCCACCCCCAAUCAAGAGUCUUUACCAUCUCCAUUUAAUGCAGGAGAAAAUGGUGGUUCUGAAAGGCUCAUGUUUUGUGGCUGGUGGGACUAAUGUUGACUCUCUCACCUCUCAGGCCUAGCCCCUUUCCCUCCAUUGAACCAAACAGCCUUCUUGUCCAUAACCUGCUAUCGCCUUCAACUUGGAUACACUGGGCUGCUGAGAGAUAAAUUUGACCCCACAAGUUUUCUAUUGCAGUUCACACUAUACCUGGAAUAUAUUCUUACUUAUGCUCUGUCUUCUCGGGCCUUCUCGUGGCCCAGAGAACCUGUGCUAGUAUGUGGGCUCCUUCUACACCAGUUCUUGUCACCCCCUUCCUGCCUGGGGUUUUCUGGUAGACACAGGAGUCCCUGUACUCUACCUGUUUCCACCAGGGGAAAGGUAAUGGAACAGAGCCCGUUCCUCUGACCACCGAACCCUAGAAGCUCAGCCAGCUGUGUGUCAGCAUCUGGGAAGUGGCAGAGUGUCUCCCAACAAGCAAGCUGAGUUGCAGAUGCUUCUUGAACGACUGCCCAUCCUGUUCUCCUGUAGCAUAUUUGAUUAAAAACACAAGUAAAUACAA